AUGGUGCUCGGUCACGGGCGGGGCGCAGCCUGCGCAGGGCGGCGGCGGCGCCCGGCCCAAGCGCGUGGUGCUGGGGCCCCUGGCCGCUGGGCUCACCCGCAGCGCUUGGUGCAGGUGCCGUCGGCGCUCGGUGCAUCCAGCGGCGGCAGCGCGUGGAGCGUGGGCAGCGACGGCGCGCAGGCCACUAGGCGCCGGCGCGCGGCGCAUAGGACGGCAGCGGUGCGCGGCCUGCAGGGCUUCGGCUGCGUGCGGGGCAGCGGUGGGGCUAGCAGCUUUCCCGUUAUGGUGCUGCUGGUACCUGUACGGCACGAUGUCCGUGCACCUGCCGUCGUCGUCAUCCAGGCUCUCUCCAGUUUUAAGCUUCUUGACUGCUUCUUGGUGGAGUCCCUGUUGCUGUGUUGCACGAAGGAGAUAUGCUUGGCUGAGAUCAUUUCACAAGGAUUCUCCCUUCGUGGCAUUGGUGUUGGGGUGAUCUCUGAACGUCGAUGGAUUCCUGUUGUCGCCGUAGUGCUAUAA